AUGCUUGGAAAAUAUGCCUACACUGAGCAAAAAAUUGACUAUUUUGAUGACUAUUUCCCGAAUCAGUGUAUCGGCUUAAAGGCAACAGAAGUUUUUGGUGAAUCUGGUUUACUGAUCUCACAUCGUGAAUACGAAAGGCAUGAAUAUCGACCUGGAUUAAACUGUGUUAUUAAUAUAUUUGUCAAGCCUGGUUACAAGGUCCGAUUACGAAUUCUGGAUUUUGAUGUUGGUGAACCACUGCAGCACUGUCAGAAGGAUACAUUUUUUGUGUUUGAUCGUGAAGCAGAAAGCCAACCAGAAGAACUGCGCAAGCAGAUUGUAAAAAAUGCAAGGCUUUUGAUUGAGUACUGCGGUACGAUUCAAAACAAAGGCACCGAACAGAUCAACUCAUCCAACAAUGUUAUAUCGUUAUGGUGGACAACAAACCACGGGGUGCCUCGCGGCGGUAACGGCUUCAAGCUGCUCUGGACGGCCUUCCGCAACCGAGACAAAGGUCAAAAAUGUGACGAAAAAACGGAAUUCACUUGCGAAAGUUCUGAAUGUAUCUCUUCUUCGUUGGUCUGUGAUCGAUAUCCGAACUGUUUGGAUGGCUCCGACGAAAACAGGCUAAUCUGCGGAGGUGAUGAUGGAACCUUAAGUGGAUGGGCAUUACUGUUGACGUGUUUUGGUGCCGUAUUUGCAUUCUUGUCAUGUGUGAUCUGCUUUUGUCGACUGGGACGAUAUUUUAGAUCAUCUGAGAAGGAGUUCUUCGAUGUUAUUGAGAAGAAACCAUGCUGUAAUGCCGAAGUUGCUAAACAACCGUUACCGCCAUCAUUUUUUCCACCACAACCACCAAAACUUGUGCCAUCGGUAGCGUCCGGUAAUCUGCCAAGUAUCGAACAGCAUUAUACGAUAAAUCCGUGUAAUCUUCGUUGCUCAUCGGAUCGGCGGUGGUCUAAUUUUAAGCAUCCAUUACCAGGUUCCAGAGGAUAUAACUGGAAGGAUAGUACAAGACUGAGCAGUGACAGUGACUAUGCUUAUGUUAGAAAUGAUUUUAGGCGACUUAUUACUUAA